UUAUUUAUUUCUGUAUUUCCACAUUUCUACAUUUAUUUAUUUCUGUAUUUCCACAUUUCUACAUUUAUUUUCCCUGCGCCUGUAUGCUAAUUGAGUGGGGGGUGCCAACAUCAGUCUGAAGAAGGAUUGGUUAGCUGGAGGCCGCAUCGCUAACCAGACAGAAGCAAAUGAUCCAUCUAUCAGCCUACCUAUGAAUGCUGCGGCUAGUGUGUAAUACAAUCUAUCUAUGGUAAUGAGUAGGGCGGUGCUUAACUGUGGAUCUUCCGUUUUCAACAUGGCGGUCGGGUCAGGAACUUUCCCAUUUUAGAGGUAACAGUACACUGAAAUAUAUUUCUGAAAAGAUUUAAGUCGAGAAAUAGACAAUCAAGCAACAGAAUCUUGAUUCAUAUUUGAUCAGCAUUGCCUAGUUUUACAGUUUGUUGUGACCCUGAUGCUUUGCUUUGGACAGGUCCAUCAUGCACUGUGCAGUCGGAUCUACUGAUUGAUUGGUGACAUCCAUCAGCGGAUCCCGUGUGUCUCCAGCAUUUUAUGCAUGUGGGAUCUCUAGCUGGAGAGACGAAAUGGCUUCAAGUGGGAGGCCGUUGGCGGACCUGUUGCGCGAUGUGGCUGACCAGCUCGAAAGAACAUCGGGUGGUUCAUCAAAUUCAUCACCUCAGCCGCCAGAUAGGCCUAAUGUUAACGUUACACCCACCGUUACACCCAGACACCCAGUGGACGCCGAGGUUUCAAGACUGUUUGGCCCAUACGCAUGUGGAGGCAGAAGGUUGACAAUGCGGCGAUCCACUGCUGCACCCGUACAACUUCACUCAUACACCCAUUUAUUCUGUUGUCUUGACGAUAAAAACGUGGAGUUAGUCCCCAAUCGAUGUGUUAAACAGAGGCUCGCUGCUGCAGGGUUAGGGGAGAAACGUCUUACAUUUCAAGGUAUUCAGACAAAUCCAGAGGAGUUCAGAGAAUUCCUUUUAGCGGCAUAUCCUAAGCUCAGACAGGGGGGAGGAUUUGAACUGCUAAAAAUAUCUGGAACAACUCGGAGUCGUGAACUGGUCCUCAUCCCCUGUCCCAGUGAUGGCUACCAUGUCCGAUAUCUAAAGGAACCACAAACUCAGAUUGGUCAUGCAACAAUUUUUAUCCGACCACUUCAGAGGAAUCUGAAUCUGGAUCCUAAUGCAGCAGUGAGCUGGUUGGGCCAGUCCAGAAAUGUGUGACUUGUGGAGAAGAAUUCUCUUUUUCAAGUAUUAAGGCUCAUAGUGAUGAAUGCAUGAGGUACGUAUCAGUUUAUGCAUAUUGCAUGUGUAGACAGACAUCAGACAAGGGGCACGUGGUCCACCAUCAGCCAACAGUUGAAGAGCAUCAUGUGUGUUUGUGUGUGGAUGUUGAAUCAACCUUGUAGUGCAAAAUGUAUAACAAAAGAAGAGGGCAAAUGUUAUGACAAACAGCAGUUAUGUGAUGUUUUAAAUAUGAGCCCAUAAACUCCUCUUUGUAUUCCAAAAUGCCAAAAGACCAAAUGUGGAGGUCUGCAUGUCCUCAAUAUUGUUCAAUUUAAAGGUCCAGUGUGUAACAAUUAAAAGGCUUUAUUUACAGAACAUGGCAGAAAUAGAAUAAAAGCAUCAUAACUAUGUUUUCAUCCGUGUGUGAUCACCUGAAAAUAUGUUACCUUAGAAUGACCCUUUGUUUCGAAAAGAAAACGCAGUAGUGUGGCUGGGGCCUAAAUGGAUCUUAAAACACUGACAGACAAUUAUGUGGUGGUGGUGCAAUUGAUAAGACUAUGCCUUUGGUGUGAGAGACCCGGGUUCAAUCCACCAUUGUGUCCCUGAGCAAAACACUUAACCCCUAGUUGCUCCAGAGGCAUGCGACCUCUGACAUAUAUAGCAGCUGUAAGUCACUAAAUGAAUAAAAUGUAAAAUGUUUCUACAGACUCCAUCGGUCCUCACCCAUGGAGUCUGUCAUGUUGAACAUACAUGUUUCUACAGUAGCCCAGAAUAGACAAACAUUAUAUAUAUAUUAUAUAUAUUUUUCACGGCCACCAUAGCUUUUCCUUCUUGUUAGGAAGGAGAGAGUGAGGGUAAAGCAAAGGGGUUACACUGAUAGAUGCCACUAAAUCCUACACACCUGUCCUUUUCGAUGUUUUAUUUUAAUAUGACCUUCCUUUUCAACUUGUAAUAGCACAGUGCAGUCUUUAUUUAAAUUUGUCUUGCAAUAUAAAAAGUACACUAACCAAAACCCCCUCUAUUUAUACAAGACUGUUGCAGAGCAGUGUUGAGGUACAAAUGGAGGUAGCCACAGAAAGCGACCCCCCACUCCCCCAAAGUGAAGGUAGAUCUGUGAGCACAUUGACAAGACCACAGGAGAGGCAGACAGCAAGGGCCAGAAACUCAGGGCCACAUCAGGGAAAUAUGCCAGCCUUGG